CUCGGUUAGCCGAGACUACUUAUUCCGUGCUAAGCGUAGCUCCAACAACCGAUCCCGAUUUGUCGAGCCGGUAUUAAACGCGACGUCGCCACUUACGAUCGCGACCGUAUCGAGAAGAGAAUUCGAGAGUGAAGUGUGUCCGUCCACCCUUGGAGCUUUUAUUCUCCCUUAAGGGCAUCGUUUCCCCAGGAUAAGUUUGCUCUUUCGGCCUCGGUUCUACCCUGUGGCCCCGAGUUUUUCGUGUUCCCGAAUCCCGCUGGCCCUCACCACCUGCGCAAAACCUGUGGAAUCUCGACGAAAUCGAAUCGAGCACAAUUAACGAUAGCGCCUUCCUGCUGGCGAUCGAAGGCAAUUUCAUCGGAUGCCCGAGGGAAUUCCCGAAUGGAACGCGAUCACCGCUAUGGAUCAAUCGAGUUUAUAGUUGAAAGUAACGCCGAGGCAGAAUUUAAGUGAACCAGAUGAAGCUUGUGUAAAUUGAACCGAGAAGAAAAGUGUCGUGUAUUAAGAAGAAGAAGAAGAAAAAGAAAUAAACGUAAAAUAGAAGAAACGAAAGGAGGAAUAAUAAACAGUGCCUGUUGGAAAAAAGUGUGAAUUGUUCGCGCUUAAUUAGAAGAAAGAAAGAAAGGGAAUAUUUUUCUAGAACCCCGUCAACUUUCUUAAGGAAUUUUCAGUGUCCUAGCAACGAAUCCGCUUCUUCCAUGAACAGAGACCGGAGAUAAUCGCACGUACCUCACCCAGGACCGCCGACUUCCAAGGGGGUCCACAGCGUAACUUUCCUCAGGAUAAUGCGAAGUCUGGAGAGGUUAUCAGGUAGCGAUCAAGACUGCGAUCAGGAGAUGUACAUCGACCUGGACGACGCUUCCGUCGACUCGCUUACCGGAAAACGCAGUCGGCACCAUGUCGUUAGUGCGGAGGUGGGUGAGGAGAGCGAUAGUAGCGGUAGCGAGAGGAGUCCGAAACAAGCAAAGAGAAGAAAUCGUGGUGGACCACCGACCACCAGGAGACGAAAAAGUGGAAUUUCCGCGCGAGAAAGGAACCUAAGGAGGCUUGAGAGCAACGAGAGGGAAAGAAUGAGGAUGCAUUCCCUAAAUGACGCUUUCGAGCAACUGCGCGAGGUGAUACCACACGUAAAAAUGGAAAGGAAGCUCAGCAAAAUAGAGACGCUAACGUUGGCCAAAAAUUAUAUAAUGGCCCUAACGAACGUGAUAUGCGAAAUGCGCGGUGAAGAGCAGCCAUACACAUUCGUCGAUGGCGAAUGCGGUUCUAGCAGCGGCGAUAGCACAGGCCAAUUAGAAUUAAGCGGUGGUGAGCAACCGGAAGAAGCAUCCCCUGCAUCGAUGCACGAAACCAACAACAAUAGCCUGCUCCACGAAGAUCUAGAGCGCAGGAUACCGUAGCUCGCUCGAUUACGUGUUAAAUUAAUCGAUCCUCGUUGGCGGAUUCAAUGAAAUCGUUCGAUAAAGUGUAUUCGUGAAAAAUCGUCUUCUCUGAACUAAUCGCGAAGUAGAGAAACAAACACGAAUGAACCUCGUGGGGAAAAGAAAAAACUGAGAAAGAGAAGAAAAGAAGAAAAUAAGAGAAGAUAUUAAAAUUUUAUCGAAUCGGUUGAAAGAAUGAGAGGGAGAGAGGGAGGGAGAGAGAGAGAGAGCGCGCGCGUGCACGAAGGGGGAGAAAAAGAGAGCGAAGGAGGGAGAGGGAGAGAGAGAAAACUAAUAGAGAAUCGUUAAAACCGUGGUCGCAAAAGUAGUCGUUAAACAGCGGUUCGAGAUUUAUCGAAGAAGAUGCAAUUCGGCUUUUACGAAAUGAUCCGUCCAAGGUCGACCUCUGGAGAUCUUUCGAAGGCCAACGAGGCGUGAGGUUGACAGAGAAAGAAAAAAAGACUGACUUCACGGCCAGUCAGGCUGGAAGAUUCUCUUCUCUUCUUUUUCUCUCGUGUAUUCUUUUUUUUUCCUUUUUUUUUCCUUUUUUAUCUUUUCUGGUGACAUCGGUACGUUACCUUGAAACACCUCGAUCUUUCGGUUCGAAACAAUACCAAUGCUAAAUAAUCGAUACCGUAUUCGUAUCGAUCGUUAAUCGCCGUGAAUUUAAUCACGUGCCAAAUGUAUUCGAACAGCCGAAAUACAUGUUACGGUAGACAUCGAAUUGAUACUUAUUUAAAACAAGAUGGCCGGAGCUUAUUGUUCCGUCCCCGGUUAUUCGUAUGUAACCGCAACGAAUGUAGAAGCGUAAUUGUAUUCGUGCAAUUGAUUCGAAAGGAAGUUUAGAAAUUUCACGAGACACUUUCACGAUACGUUCACGCUUUGAUUGCUUUCGAUCUGAAGGAUCUCGAGGUCGACGCCGAAAGAUCGGAUCGCAUCGACGACGGUAAUGAUCAGUGCGACGCGAAAGUGUGAGAAACUGUGAUAGAAUUUCGUAUUAGAACCUCGUUCCACAUCGUCCUGCGAGCGACACCCUACUACAUAAAUACUUUUGAUUUGUUUUCUUUCUGGUUAUUGUCCACGGUCUGCGAGUUGGAUAGCCGAAAAAUCGUCGAACACGUUCACCGACGAAAGUGACCGUCGAACGAGACCCUUGGCCAACAAUAAAGAAAAGAAACUGUAAAAGGAAAUGUGGAAGUGAUCGCGAAAAUGAAUAUUCGGUUCGUUCUAUGCGAUUCAAAUAUCAAACGGAGAAUUGAAAAUAAAUUGAAACCCUCGCUAUUUUAACCCCACGCAAUUUACGUGUCAAACAUACUCAGUUGUAUCUGAAACAUAUUUCUAAUUUUAAUUUAUACGAUCAACGAUCGAGGAUGCUAAAUACAAAGCAUAUUUGCCUCGAUGAAUUAGUGAAUACUAGUUAGCUUUGACGCAACUACUGAGAAAAUUACAAAGCAGAAGGUUAAAAGUUCAUCGGCUACUGUAAUUUGCUGUUUCACUGUAUGAUUCAAAUAUCCGUAAUCAAUAGGCAGCAAAAUAAAUAAUUUGUUACAUUACAUAUUGAAGAAAAAGCACAAAAAUGAAUGAAAAAGUGUACUAUACAUUGCUAUGAGAAAAGAAGCUCCGUUUAAUUUUUCUUUCGGAUAGAACGAAACGGACGUAAGUAUAUAAGUAAGUACGUAUGUAUGUAUGUGUGUAUGUGUGUGUGUGCGUGUGUGGGUGUGUGUACAGUGGGUCGCAAAAGUAUUCGCACACCGUUUACAACAGAAUACCUCAUUUAAAAUUGGACCAAAUGACUUGAGGUUUUUCGAGAAGAUAUAAUAAAUUAAUUUACUAAGAUACCUAUGUACUUUUGUCGUUUUAAAAAAUUAAAAUUUGGCGAAAUCGGGAAAGAAAUAGUAAAAGGCGACUUUUUAACUUUUUAUCUGAGCCUGUAACGAAAAUUUAAAAUAUGACAUUUGUAAAUUUAAGUGUGUUUUCACAAAAUGUCGCGAUUUUCAAAAAUUUUGAUUACUUGUAACUCUUAAGUACACUGACCAAUCUCGAUGGAAUUUUCAGCACACGCAUAACUUAUUUGAAUCUACGAAAGACAUAUUUUAAAUUUUCAUUAUAGACUCACACAAAAAAGUUGAAAAAUUACCCUUCGCUCCU